AUGGCCAACAAAAGACGUCCAAAAAAGAUCAAAGCACCAUACAAGAGAUACGUUUACAAAUCCAACAAUUAUGCAACAAAUUCAGAUGAUGAGGAAGAAGAAGAUGUAAUUAGUAAUAGCAACCACCUGGAAUCUACACUACACGCAACAAAUAAUGCACGUUUCAAAGGGGCCAUUCAAGUUCAGUCCAUUUAUGUACUAAGUGAUCAGAGUAAUUAUCAAGGUAAAAUGUGGCCCUGGAGUAAAUUCGAAAAAACCGAUGUUCUACAGUGUGCCCUACAAGGAUAUAAUCCUGCUUACAAACAAUUGUUAACAGACCAUCAAACUGAAAGUGAUAUAAUGGCAUUUCCAGUUGAAAUAUUUGUUAGAAUAUUUGAAAUUUUGAAUGACUGGGGCAAGUUAAAACCAAAGUUUAUGCGAGUGUGUAAGUUGUUUUAUUUAAUAAUACUUCCUAUAAUCUAUAAAACUCCAUAUUUAAGGGCCACAAACUUUUUCAAUUUUGUCGAUAGCAUAGCAAGUAACAAAUCACUAGGGAGUUAUAUACAGUCAUUGGAUCUUUCCUAUAUUAUUCAAUCUGGUAAGAAUGCUUUUGUUGCAAAACUUUUGAAAAGAACAGGUAAGAACUUGAAAGAGUUUGUUGCCCCACAGACAAGUUUUGGAAUUGGACCAAUGUAUGCAUUAAAGAAUUGUGAAAAUCUACAAGUAUUGGACUUGCGUCUUGUAUCAGAAACACUAAAUUUGGAAGAAUUGUUCAAAUCGAUUCGAAGUUUAAAACAACUUACACUGUUGUCGUUCCCUAGAUCAUCUGUUGAGAUACAUGAUUAUGAACAGAUCAAAUGGCCACCCAAAUUAACAUUUCUUAGGCUCUCAGGGGGUAUAAGUGAUGAUUUCUUAUAUGAAUUGGAAUUUCCCGAACUGAUCACUUGCUUAGAAUUUGCCCAUUGUCCUGCUAUUAGCGAUAUCGGGUUCCGCCAAGUUUUAUUCAGAAUAGGAAGAAAUUUGAAAACAUUGAAAGUUCAGUACCCAAUGCCAGGGUUGAAAGGUGAUUCCUUGGAUCAAGUGUUUAUUUACUGCCCUAACUUGAGAGUACUUGAGAUCACUGUGGAUUAUGUUUCAUCAAUGUUUUUCGACGAACAAUAUUUGGAAUAUACAGAUACACCUAGACCAUUACGAACAUUAUAUGUCAAUAGUAGUGGUAUGUUGGGGACACUGAGUAGGUUGGAUCCAAUUGAUUUAGCCGUUGCUUUGAAUGAUGGCCGGUUACCCAAUUUAAAACACAUGCAAUGUACAGCUAAAUUGGGCUGGAAUCCAGAUUCUGAUGCUGUCGGGUAUAUUGCAGAUGAGCUUGAUGAGCGUAAAGGUGGUUUAUAUAUAGGUUAUUAA